AAAAAAUUAUUUUAUACAAGUUUUUAAGUCAACAUUAAUCUGAAAGAAGAACAUUCAAUAAAGUAUAAUUCUUGAAACGAUAAUAAAAUCAAAAAAUUUGAAAGCAUCAGUAAUAUAUAAACGAGUUUAGUAUUAAUAAUUUAUUAUUUAAUAAAUAGAUUAUCGGCAUUAUUUAAUAAAGUUAAAGCUAAAAAAGCCCAUAAGCUCCAAUGUAUAACGGUCGCCGUUUCGAGGCGAGAACGAAAGUAUGUCGUUACCCCGUGAGUGGAGCUUCCUUCAACAGGAAGCGAGAUCCUCAGUGGAUGUACGACAUUUUAAAAUGGGAUCACCGGAGUAUAAUAUCAGUGGCAGUACAUCGGCAGUGGUCAACGACGAAAAUUUGAAUCAAAACUUAUUGGGAUCAUUGUUUUCAAUUCAUUCAGCGCCAGUUUAUGAUUUGAAUACCCAUAAAGUUUCACCAACUCGGCCAUCUGCAUCAUUAGUUCAAGCGACAGCUAUAUCGACGCCAGUUGUUCCACCGCAUUUGAGUCCCGACGUUGAUGAUGAAGACAAUGACAAUUUAUUAACAAUUUCAAGUCUCACAGCACGACCUCUAAUUGCCAAAUCUCGUGAAAUACGAUCCUCCAAAAAAUCUGCCAAUAGAAAAAAACCUAAAGACCAUAAAAGACCUAAUAAUGGCACUUUGGUUCCCUUGGAUGGUGGUUACGGCUGGGUUGUUGUCGGAGGAGCUUUUUUCGUUCAAUUUUGGGUCGCUGGACUUGUUAAAUCUUAUGGUGUAUUAUACGUCGAGGUAAUGGAGACCUUUAAAGAUUCAACAGCUGCAGUCGCCUCAUGGAUUCCCGCUAUUCUCUCUUGCCUUUGUCUUGCUCUAGCUCCAGUAACCAGCGUGCUAUGCCAAAAAUACAGUUGCCGUUUAGUUGUCUUUAUAGGUGGUUUAUUCUGCGCUCUCGGAUUGAUAAUAACAUACUUCGCUACAAGUCUAAUCCAUUUAUUUUUUACGUUUGGAGUAUUAACUGGAAUCGGAGGUGGUUUAUCAACAACUCCUGGAAUAAUAAUAGUUUCACAAUAUUUUGACAAGCAUCGCGCAUUGGCAAAUGGAAUUUGUGUUUCUGGUACAGCUGCUGGAAGCUUUGUGUUUCCACUGCUGAUUGAAACACUUGUGGCUAAUUUUGGAUUUCAUGGUACUAUUUUAUUACUGGGUGGUUGCAUGCUCCACGUUUGUGUGUCGGCAACGCUAUAUCGCCCGUUGGAAGAUAAUCCAUCUGCAAUAGUUAAAUCGAAAAAUUUUGACAUAAAAGAAGAAUCAAUCGCCGUUACAAUGCCAAAACAACAAAAACUCGAACUGAUUUUUGCAAAUGAAAAAACAGAAAAAAAUUUAUUGAAUGAUUUAUUUCAUAAAAAUGUUAAUUCUGUUGAGUUAACAGACAGUGAAGAAGAAAAAGAUAUACUGGGUGAAGGUUUAAAAAUGAAGCCAAUAUCAAAAAUACGAAGUUCUAGUAUUUUGCAUAGCGUUGAAGAUUUAUCAACAGAUUCAACGUGUGUGUAUAAAGCCCGAGUAUCAUUAAAAUCUUUGAAAUUAUCAUCUGCACCUAUUGUGAAUUCACCAUGUGCUAAGGAACCACCAGUUACUGAUGAUAAAAUCAUCGAACACAAUAGUAAAUUAUAUCGAAAAAUAAUGAGAUAUUUGGACAUCAGUCUGCUGAAAAAUCCACAAUUCAUAAUGAUGUGUCUCUCUGUUAGUUUAAUGAGUACUGGAAGUCCGUACAUGUUAUAUUACUUGCCAGCUUAUGUGCAUGCCGCAGGAUAUACUAAAUCAGAAGCUGGAUAUUUAGUUGCUAUUUCUGCAGCGCUCGAUCUUUGCGGACGCUUAGGGCUUGGUUGGUUGUCUGAUUUACAACUUUUUGACCGAAGAAAAGGUUACAUUGGAAGCAUUGUUGGUGCAGGAGUUGCUGUAUUGGCAAUUCCGAUGGCACAUUCAUUUUACGUACUAGCUUGUUCAGUGGGAAUGUAUGGAUUAUGUCUUGGAUGUUGGUUUUUAUUGGUACCAGUUCUUCUUGCCGAUCAAUACGGUACCGACAAAAUAUCUUCAAGCUAUGGACUUGUUAGAAUGUUUCAAAGUGUUGGGGCAAUUUCAGUUCCGCCACUUGCUGGUUAUCUUCGAGAUGUUACUGGAAGUUAUAGUGUUUGUUUUUUCUGCAUGGGCACUUGUAUGGUACUUGGUGGUUUACCUUUAUUACUUGUGCCUGUUGAUACUCAAAAACUGAGUAAAUUAAAAGUAAAUGCCCCGUCAAAUAUUAAAACUACACAAAUAAAUCAAGAUCAAGACAACUAAUGUUCAUUUUUCAUAUUGAUUGAUUUAAAUAUAAGUGGAAGAAAGAAGUCUUGUUAUCAAUUUCAUUAUCUCAAUGUUGAUUUCAUCAUUUGAAAAUUUAAUAGAAAGGUUUAAAAUAUGAAAAAAUGACCGGCAGUUAAGUUACUUUGUUUAAAAAAUUUAUAAUUUGUUGUUUAACAACAAAAAUAAUUGGUUUAAAAACGAUUAACACGAUUAACCGUCAAUGGCAUUUUCAAACAUUCAUUUCAAGCCACUCUAAUCAAAGCUAAGAUGUUUUUAGUUCACGAAUAUUUUACUGGUAUUCACGUUAUUUCCUUCAUUUAAAUUAUUUUAUUUACUUCGAGCUCGACUCGUCGUACAUUUAUCUUUAGUGUGUGUAUCUGUGAUCGAUUAUAAAGUUCCGCCUUUUUAGGCAACGAAUACUGGAGUAGUAAGGUGGCACAAAAAACCGACUAUUUUUUUUUGUCUCCGAUGAAAAAUGUUUACCGUGUAUUGAGGACUCUUAUCAAAAAUCAGCUUGAUUAAAUAGUUUUUAGAGAGCAGUCAAAAAUCUAAAAAAUUUUUAAUCAAGCUGAUUUUUGGGGAGUGCUCUUUAAAUAUAAUAAAUAAACAUAUUUUUUACAGAAGA